CCAAAGUGCGUCGUCGUGAGUGGGACGUGGAUCCGGAGCGGGGAGCAGGCCCCCCAGGCGUGGAGUUGGCGGUGGCUGCAUUUCAGGGCUGGGCGAGGGGGUCCCUGGGUGAAGAGGUGUCCAGCCAGGCCCAGACUCUGUUCUCUCCUCCCAGCUGGGGGCUUCGUGGAGCCAGGCUCCCCCCAGCAGGAUGACGGGCGCCCUGAAGAAGCAGCUUGAGCUGCUGAGCGUGUUUCAGUGGGUUAUGACCUUCCUCUUCUUCGGUGCCUUCUUCACGUGCCUGCUCUUCUAUCUGCUCUUCACCCGCCUCUGGGCCGUCUCCGUGCUGUACUUCGUGUGGUGGGUGCUCGACCGUGACACCCCAGAGAGAGGCGGCCGACGCUCAGACUGGAUGCGACGCUGGCGAGUCUGGCAGCAUUUGACUGAUUAUUACCCCGUCAAGCUGGUGAAGACGGCGGCGCUGCCCCCCGACCGGAGCUACGUGCUGGGCUCCCACCCCCAUGGCAUCAUGUGCGCGGGGGCCGCGGCCGCCUUCUGCACCGAGGGCCCCGGCUUCUCCCGGCUCUUCCCCGGCCUGCGGCCCAGCCUGGCGCUGCUGGCGGGGCUCUUCCGGCUGCCCCUCUACCGGGAGUACAUGAUGGGCUUCGGGAUGUGCCCCGUGAGCCGCCCCAGCCUGGAUUUCCUGCUCGCCCGGCCCGGCAACGCGGUGGUGAUCGUGGUGGGGGGCGCGGCCGAGUCGCUGGACUGCGCCCCCGGGCAGCACCGCGUCACCCUGCGACGCCGCACCGGCUUCGUGCGCCUGGCGCUGCAGCACGGGGCCGCCCUGGUUCCCGUCUAUUCCUUCGGGGAGAACGAGGUUUUCCGGCAGCUUGUCUUCCCGCCGGGCAGCCGGCUCCGGCACCUGCAGCUCCGCUUCAAGGACCUGACGGGCUUCGCGCCCUGCCUGUUCUGGGGGCGCGGGCCGCUGCCCUGCCCCUCGCCCAUCACCGUCGUGGUGGGGAGCCCCAUCCCGGUGCCGUGCCGCCCCCUCCCCACCCGCGCCGAGGUCGCUCACUACCACGAGCUGUAUGUGGAGCAGCUUCGCCAGCUCUUCGACCGCCACAAAGUCAGCUGUGGGGUGCCGGCCUCCUGCCGGCUCAGCGUGGUGUAG